GUGGGAGCGAAUCCCAGCAGCAUCCCACCCCGCAAAGCCUCUACCCGCAUUUGGGACGGACGGCCGCCGUCGGGGCAUUGCCCUUUUAAAGCUGUGGCCCCACUUGCCUCCUCCCCGGCUCCCGGAGGGGCUCCGGCAGCCGCCGCGACCUUCCUCCCUCCCUCCCUCCCUUCUCCCUCCUCCCUCCCCGCUCCCGGCGGCGGCAGCUGCGGGCCGGGCCGCGGAGAGCGGAGGAGAGAGCGGAGAGAAGCCCCAGGACGGCAGCGGGACCGCAACGAGCCGGGCUGUCCCUCUCCCUGUCCCUGUCCCCGCUGCUCGGGGACCAUGGGAUGCUGCACCGGGCGCUGCACCCUCAUUUUCCUCUGCACUUUGCAGCUGCUUGCUGCAUUAGAGAGGCAAGUGUUCGAUUUCCUGGGAUACCAGUGGGCCCCUAUCCUAGCCAACUUCCUCCAUAUCAUCAUCGUUAUCCUCGGCCUGUUUGGCACUAUUCAAUAUAGACCUCGCUACAUAGUGGUGUAUGCCAUCUGGACUGCAAUUUGGGUCACCUGGAACAUCUUCAUCAUCUGCUUUUACUUAGAAGUGGGAGGGCUCUCAAAGGACAGCGAACUCUUGACAUUCAACAUCUCCCGGCACCAGUCAUGGUGGAGUGAAAAUGGUCCUGGCUGUGUAAGGAAGGAGGCUUCAAUGUCUGGGAUCAAAGGGCUGGAUAGCCAUUCCUACAUCUCUGUGAUAGGCUGUGCCCUGGAGUAUCGGUACAUCGAGGUCAUGCACAGCUCCUUCCAGAUCCUGAUCGCGCUGGUGGGCUUUGUCUACGCCUGUUAUGUUGUUAGUGUUUUUACAGAAGAAGAAGACAGCUUUGAUUUCAUUGGUGGAUUUGAUCCAUUUCCUCUCUACCAUGUCAAUGAAAAACCCACCAACCUUUUGUUCAAGCAGACAUACCUGUAGACUUUUUCCCAAACAAACAAUUUGCUGAAUAUCAACAUGAAUUUGCAAACUGUUUUGAUCAACCUGAAGCUGCAUGUUUAAGAGGCCUGCGUAAAUAAAGAGGAGCCAGAGGAUGGACAAACCUUGCACUCCACCAUCAAAGGUGCUGCAGGAAACAAUCCCACACGGCCUGGAUCUUUGGCAGAAGAAAUGCAGGAUGGUGAACUCCAUUCCACUUUUUGUUCCUGGUCUUCUUUUCAAAUGCAAUGAAUGUAUAUUGAAGAAUGGCCAUGCCGUUGUUUUUUAAUUCUCCAAGUGCCCUGACGAACCGUUCCUACCAUAGUCUGGUGGUACUAGCCGAUAAAUGGCACAGGCCUGAAGACCUCAGGCAGAGCAAGUUCACCGAGAGCUUCUCUCAAGAGAUACAGUUGAAGUCGGAGCUGCUUCCUUGCACCAUGGAUCCAUAAGGAAGGAAGCACUGCAUAACACCCUGGGACAUUUCAUAUGUUCUGUAGUUAGCUUCUUCCCCUUCUCCUUUCCCUUGUUCUGAAAAGAGCCUAAAUCCCCUAACACAACUUCAUCUCCUCCCUGCCUGUAUAGAACUAGGUGGGGGCUAUUUACGUUUGAGUUAUUUAGGCACUUUUUUUUUUUUUUUAAGUUAUAGAUGAGAGCUCUUCCCUUCUUCCCCCAACCCCAUCCAGGAUUCCCUUCCUCAUUCUCUAUUUGUUAGACAUGGCCAGCACCUUAGCAAUAGGCAUUUGUCCUGGAUUUCCAUGUUCUGUGACCUAACUCCUAUAAUGCUGAACAGCUAAGAACUAGUACAAGCAACAAAUCUUUACUCUGCAUGGAGCUUAGCCCCAUGUCAACAUGCCAAGCCAUUCUCAGAGCAGCUGUAGCUUACUCUGGGUUUGCCCAUCUACAGUAAGUUAACACUGGCGUAGCCAAAUACACAGCUGAAACCUGCUGCAGGACACUGGAAAAGGCCUAGUUCUUCAUGGAUCAUAGAUGGUUUUGUACCUGCCUUCUUCACCGAGCAGCCACGCUUAUUCCAGGCACAAGCCUGGCAACAGCCUGAUGGAAGGGGGUUUUUGUGACAGGAUAAUUUUGAGGGGAGGGAAUGGGCUGAAGGAAAGGGGGGAAUAUAAGUGUAAUUAAGUUGCAUUAAUAAGCUGCAGCAAUUAAUUAAAAACCAAACAAAAACCAAUGUCAGUUUUGUUAGCUACAUCUCCCAGCAUGUUAAGUAUCAAGCAGAGAAAGAGCACUUGUCAGCCAUCAGUGGCAUUUUUUGGCUGGUACAUUCCAAGUGCUGUUGUAAUUCUUUGUCUUGCCUAAUCUGUUUGAGAUUACUCGGCAUUUUUAAGUAAUGCUUUUCAGAAGAGUCAAGAUAGAAGCCAUGCUAGGGAGGGGAAGUGUGAGGGAAGAAUUAAAAGAAAUAAAAACAGUAACUGCUAAGUCAAAGACAGAAUGAUGCACCUUUCUUUGUCCCAUUCCAAAGGGCCCAGGAAGAAAAAUCCUCUUUUAUAAACCCAAAAGUAUAGGUACUAAGAGAACAUUUUUUUGUUUCUGUGCAACUUCUAUUCUAGGUGCCCACUGCAACCUAACAUCCUGAGUUCUGAUCAGGUGCAGCUGCUAGUAAAAAUAUUGUCUUCUGUAGGUAUUUUUUUCUUCUUUUCAGCCAGUAGAAGCCACAGCUUCUGACUGAGCAGAACAAACAACUGACUGUUGCUGGUUUGAUACUAUUUUUUUUCUUCCUCAGAUAAUGAAACAACUCAGCCCUUUUCAAAACAGCUCUGCCUGACAAAACAUAACUACGUCCCAUAUUAGCCAAUACUGUGCCACUACCAAGUUAAAAAAAGUUAUAGCAGAACACAAGCUACUACACCAUUUAGACAGCAUGCAUCACAGUGUGCAUCACUAUCUCUUAGCACUUUCUCCACCUCUUCUUUAAUUCAGUUCAUUUCUCUAUUACACUCAUUCCAACUUGCCUACCUGAUGUUCCCUGGAGGGGCAGAAAAAGGAAUGUAAGAAUACUUAUCUACUAGUCAAUGAGAUUGUUCCAUGAAAGAUUUCAUUUAUUUGGGGCUUUUGAAAUUAAUCUUCCCUUUCCUUAUCAGAAAACACAGACUUUACACCAUUUGGUUUAAUAGAUUUCCUCAGAGAGAAAUGUUGUCCAUCAGAUACCAGCAUUCUUUAUUGGCCUUGUUUGAGAGAAAUCAAAAUCCAGCACAGAUGGUAGAGAAAGCACAGUUCAGCUUUGAACAGCUGAAACAUUUCACUAGUAGUUUCAGGAAGGAAUUCUUCUAGAUGGUAAUAUGAAGUCAGAAGGAACUCUGAAUUAUUUUGAGGUCUGCAUGUUUUUAACACUAUAGCUCUCAAACUGACCAAGCCUUGAUGCCACAUUUACUAAUAAAACUGAUCAAAAACACAUGCCAAGUACUCUAAAGAGACUAAGCAUCAAACUAUGCACUUAACAGCUUGACUUUAAUAUACACCGGUAAAGAUCAAUUAAAUAAAUACAAGUAUGAC